AUGUCAUCAGCAAUUGAGCGUCGAAAGGAUGCCCUCUUCACACUGGCGGACAACACAAAUUCCGGUAAGGAUGAGCUUGCCGAUCUGAACGUUAUCCCGUGCUCCUCUGCUUCCAUCAUCCCUCACUACAAAACGCUCAAAACCCCGUUGAAGAAGGUGGACCUUGCGAUUGCGUACUAUCCGCGGGACAAGCACAAAAAGGGCGAACUCCAGAAGCUAUUGCGGGCCAGCCCACUUUCAGAAGAAGAACAGAGCAUUAACUUCACCAGCUAUCCCGGCCUAACUGAAGGGCCCAUUGUCCUAUCUGUCGAGAUCAAGCGCGCAGGUGACGGCGCCGAUGCCGCAAAGCUGCAAUUGCUCACGUGGCUUAGCGCGCAGAAGAAUAAAAUCGACGAGCUGAGCUCACUGACCUCAUCAACGUCUGGGAUAGAGAAGCCUGACUACCUGCCGGCAAUACUUGUACAAGGCCACGACUGGAACUUGGUGGCGUUCGCGAUGGAUGCAGAGGGAAAGCAGAUUCUGUGGCACAAACUACCCCUGGGCGACACGCAGACCGCUAUGGGGGUUUACAGAAUCAUCCAGCAACUCCAAAAACUGGCGAAUAUCACACUGGUUCCGUUCUACCAGUGGUAUCAGGGACUUCGCCCAGCUCUCACCUGA